GCAGACACACACACAUCUGGAGUUUCCUCAGGAGCUGCUGUUAUUCUCCUUUUCACACACAGAGUCGACCCCGAGGACUGUCUGAGAGUAUGGCGCUCUGCUGCGGGCUCGUGUCCGAGAAGAAUGUUCCUGUUCCUCUGAAGAGCAUCAGCGUGCAGCUGCAGGUCCGCGGUCACGUGUCCUCCGUGCGCGCGACACUGCAGUACGUUAAUGAGGAGGAGCGGCCACUGGAGGCGCUGUUCGUGUUUCCACUUCCGGCUGAAGCCGCGCUCUGCAGCUUUAGCGCGACUGUGGGAGGGCAGGAAAUCCGGGGGGAGCUGCGGGACAAGCAGACCGCGCGUGAUGAGUAUGAUGACGGUGUGAGCGCGGGCCGGCAGGUGUUUCUGCUGGAGGAGAGUGAUCAGAGCGCAGACGUGUUCCGCCUCAGUGUGGGCUGCCUACCUGCGGGCGGAGCGGCCACCGUCAGCUUCACCUACAGCACUGAGCUCACUGUGGAGGAGGAUGGAGGACUGCGCUACUGCCUGCCGGCGGUGCUGAACCCGCGAUACACACCUGCAGCUGCAGGUGCAGGUGUUCCUCAGGUGUGUUCUGCGUCUGUGAUCCCCUACUCUCUCUCUCUCUCUGCGGAUGUCAGAUCUUCAGUCCCCAUCGCCAGACUGGAUAGUAGCUGCGCACUGGAGCCGCUGCAGUUCCUGGACCCGCAACACACACACGCACAGGUGAGUCUGAGCGCAGGGCACCGCUUUGAUAAGGAUGUGGAGCUGCUGCUCUACUAUGUGGAUCCACAUCAGCCGUCUGCAGUGCUGGAGGCGGGAGCGGCCACGGCUCCUGCAGGCUCGCUGAUGGCCGACCCGCUGCUCAUGCUCAGUCUCUACCCAGAGUUCCCGGCGGCAGUGAUGUCAUCACUGACCUCUCACGGAGAGUUCAUCUUCCUGGUGGACCAAUCAGGCAGCAUGGACUGCCCAAUGCAUCAUGGGGAGGGGGCUCAGAUGCGCAUCGAGAGCGCCAGGGACACACUCCUGCUGCUCCUCAAGAGUCUCCCCCUCGGCUGCUACUUCAACAUCUACGGCUUCGGCUCCAGCUUCCAGGCCUUCUUUCCGCAGAGUGUGCUGUACAGUGAGCAGACGCUGCAGGAGGCGCUGCAGAGAGUGAAGCUCAUGCGUGCAGAUCUGGGCGGCACCGAGAUCCUGCAGCCGCUGCAGCACAUCUACAGGCAGGCCUGCAUCCCGGAGCACCCGCGGCAGCUCUUCAUCUUCACUGACGGAGAGGUCUGGAACACCCGAGAGCUGCUGGAUCUGGUCAGAGCGCACUCAUCCUCCCACCGGUGUUUCUCCUUCGGGAUCGGCGAGGGUGCGAGUACCGCCCUCAUCACUGGAAUGGCUAAGGAGGGUUCUGGGCACGCUCAGUUCAUCACCGGCAGCGACCGCAUGCAGCCCAAAGUCAUGCAGUCGCUGCGCUUCGCUCUGCAGCCGGCGGUGGAGGAGCUGUGUGUGGACUGGAGGCUGCCGGAGGGUGUAUCGGUGGAGCUGCUGUCUCCGCCCGUCCGCUCGCUGUUCCAGGGUCAGAGGGCGCUGCUGUACGGCCGGCUGAGGGGGCAGGCUCCGAUGGCUCGCUGUUUAUCAGGGGCUCCUCCUAUGAUGGCGUAUGACUGCGCACGCUCUGCUCGUGUUCCUCUGCGUGCAGGAGGAGGAGGAGACGCCAUGAUGUACCGUGAAGCAAAGUCUGCACGGGUCUCUCAGCCGUCUGCCCCCGUCGUCCUGAUGGAGUGUGAUUCUGCAUCCGCUCAAGAACCUGAUCACCAGCAGGACCCACUACUCCAGCUGGUGUCCCUGCAGAGCGCCUCGGGCAGCUGGGAGAUCAGCAGCGCUCUGUCUGCGGUCCUGGAGAAACCCGAGGAGGAGCUCCGGAAACACACUCCGGCACAGGCUGACGGGCCGCUCUGGGCCACUGUCCUCUCCCUGCUGUGGUUGUUCUCCUGUAAGCUGCAGGAUCGAGUCGAGUGGCAGUUUGUGGCCCUGAAGGCGGCGGCGUGGGUGCGCGCGCAGAACCAGGCCGGUGUGGCUGAGUGUGUGCGCAGUGGGAAUCUCCUCCUGGAUUGUCAGCUGACUGCAGAAACUCUGGGCAUCUGAGCUGCGGUUCAGGACAGAGGGAGUGUGUGUGGGUGUGUGUGUGUGUGUGUGAGACAGAGUGUGCUCAAAGAAGCCAGCAGGUGUCAUUGCUGCUCCUGAAUCCAGCUGCUCUUCUCCAGAUGCUGAUGGCGGGUGUAUUGAGCUGUGGGUCAGGUGUUGGAGUGUGUUCUUGUGUUCAUCAUUCCGCUGUGUCCUGAUCUGCAGUGAUGGUGGUUCAGUAUCUCUGUCUCUUCAUUAGUCUGUCACAGGGUUGGGUUCGUUUGGGUUUUUUCGAUACUUUUUAAACGGUACUGGUGCCAAAAUGGUACCUGAACCGAUACUUUUGAGCCACAAAUGAUGGUGGACGACUCUAGAAAAAUCUUUUAUUUGACUAAAUCUUUAUAAAAAUAGUUUGAAUAGAACAAUAUUACUAAAGUUUGGUGUAAACAUCAGUUCAUAUUUCAUGUUUGUGAAUUACAUUAAUAAAUCUCCUUUGAUCAUUCGCGGGCAGGGCAGGGCAUCAUGUACUUUUGUGUGCACAUUUGACCAUAUAUACAUCACAAAAUACUUACUCUAAUUAUUGGAAGUCAUUAGUUUACAUCACUCUGCAGUCUUCAUAAACAAGAUAAUUAAAUAACUUGAACUCUAAA